AUGGAGAUUCAGUGCCCUUCCUUCCAAGUCCUGUUAGCCUUCUUGCUCUUUAUGAUCAUGGCACUGAAAAUAGGGAAGAUCAGAGGCAAAACCAAGUGCUCAGCCUCAAAUCUACCGCCAGGGCCAUGGAAGCUACCCGUUAUAGGAAACCUGCACCAGCUCGGUGGCUCUCUACCACAUCAAAGACUAAGAGACUUGGCCAAGAAAUACGGACCGCUUAUGCACCUAAAGCUUGGAGAAGUUUCCACCGUAGUAGUUUCAUCAGCAGAGUUUGCCAAAGAGGUGAUGAAAACCCAUGAUCUUAUCUUUGCAUCCAGGCCCCAAGCCCUUGCCCCAAGGAUCUUGUUUUACAAUUUUACAGACAUUGUCUUUGCACCGUAUGGUGAAUACUGGAGACAAUUACGAAAAAUUUGCACUCUAGAGCUUUUAAAUGCAAAACGUGUUCGAUCUUACCAACCUAUUAGGGAAGAAGAGGUACGGAAUCUCAUUAAAUCGAUUGCCUCAAGAGCAGGAUCACCUAUCAAUCUUACACAGGAAAUUUACUCAUCGACAUAUACCAUCACUUCGAAAGCAGCCUUUGGUAAAAAGAACAGGGAUCAAGAAAAAUUCAUAUACAUUGUGAAGGAAGUUACAAAGGCAGUAUCUGGCUUCGCUCUUGCAGAUGUUUUUCCUUCUGUCAGUUUGCUUCAUCUCUUAAGUGGAAUGAGGCCAAAACUUGAGAGGCUGCAUAAAGAAGCUGACAGGAUAAUGGGAAACAUCAUCAAAGAACAUCAAAGGGAUAUGGUCACUAAGGGUGAAGCAGAGGAAGACCUGGUAGAUGUUCUCCUUAAAUUUCAUGAUCACGGAAAUGAGCUUGAGUUUUCCCUAACUAGUGAGAACAUCAAAGCAGUUAUCUUUGGAUCUGGGGUCUCUGAUGCAGUUCAACUAGAAUUUGCAGAGAAUUGGGAUUGGAAUAACAAGAUACAAGCUAAAAGAGAAGCUUUGACAGCUAACUCAAUGGAUAUUUUUGCUGCUGGGAGUGAGACAUCAUCUACAGCUGUAGAUUGGGCAAUAGCAGAAAUGAUAAAAAAUCCAAGAGUAAUGAACAUGGCACAGAAUGAGGUGAGGGAAGUGUUUAAUAGAAAAGGACAGGUAGAUGAAACAUGCAUUAGAGAGAUGAAAUAUUUAAAUUUAGUUAUCAAGGAGACACUGAGGUUACACCCCCCGGGUCCCCUGUUACUUCCAAGAGAAUGCGGAGAGAAAUGUGAGAUUGAUGGAUAUGAAAUACCUGUGAAAUCCAAGGUAAUUGUGAAUGCAUGGGCAAUUGGUAGAGAUCCCAAUUACUGGAAUAAGCCUGAGAGCUUUAAUCCCAAUAGGUUCCUCGAUAGCUCGAUUGACUACAAGGGAACAAACUUUGAAUAUAUCCCAUUUGGUGCUGGAAGGAGAAUGUGCCCUGGCAUGUCAUUUGGUCUGGCCAACGUUGAGCUCCCACUUGCAUUGUUGUUAUACCAUUUUGAUUGGAAACUCCCCAAUGGGAUGAAGAAUGAGGACCUGGACAUGACUGAGGCCUUUGGCGCUUCAGUCAAAAGAAAAGACGAUCUGCACUUGAUUCCCAUUCCUUAUCAUCCUCCGCCUACCGAAAAUUCCCAAGUAUAA